UGGUGUCCACCGUGCAUGCAGCUAUUGCCACAGUUUCGAAAAGUGGCGAAAAUUCUUGGAAACAGUGUGCGUUUCGGGACCAUUGAUUGCGAAGCGCAUGAACACCUGUGUCGAUCAGUGGAUGUCAAUUCCUAUCCUACAACGAUCCUUUACAACAAUUCGGUUCCGAAUAUUUUCGUUGGAUAUCACACUGCAGGUCAGCUAAUGGAAUUUGUUGAGGACGUGAAACAUCCACCGGUCAUUGAUUUGACAGCAAGAGAAUUUGAAGUGAAAGUAUUGGAGCGCAGCAAAGACGAAGCGUGGGUGGUGGACUUUUAUGCCCCUUGGUGUAGUCACUGCAUACAGUUUGAACCGCAGUACAAAAAGCUGGCGAAAUUGAUGCGGAUUAGUUCUUACAUCCACGUUUCGAAGGUAGACUGCUCCCGCGAGCACCGUUUGUGCAACGCUAUGGGAGUGCAUUCGUUUCCGACCAUUAGACUUUAUCCUUUCCAGAAUGGACCUGCAAGUGACUAUAAUCAUUGGUCUCGGGAUGCAAACAGUUUGAGACGGUGGAUCUAUGGUUCGCUGCCAAGCAAUGUUGUCAUGAUAGGAUCACGGAACUUCAAUUCCGAAGUGUUCUUCGACAAACAGCCUUGGCUAAUAAAUUUCUUUGCACCGUGGUGUGGCCAUUGUCACAAUUUUGCCCCUUACUUUGAAGAAGUUGCACGGGUAAGGACAUCGUAUUUCCAACGCGCGACAGUAUUCUUGCUUAUCCAUGUUGUCUUGUGGUAAUU